AUGUUAGCUAUAGCAGAUAUUGGAGUUGUUAUUUGUAUUGGUUGGAUUUCAUUGUUUCCAGCAUACGGUUUACCAUUUGCUUCAUCUGGAACUAUAUAUUAUUUUACAUUGACAAGAUCAACUAUCAGUUGUAAAUUGUCAAUAUUUUUUCAAACAUUUUUUUGUACAUUACGUGGUAAUAUAUUUAUUGUCUUAGCAGUAGAUCGUUUUGUUUUAAUACAUAAACCAUUAAUUUAUAAUAAACUUUCAAAAUAUUUUAAUUGUUACAUUUUAUUCAUUGUAAUUUUAAUUACAUUAGCUAUGACAUUACCAUUCGGUAUAUUGAUUGAAUUAAACACAGUCCGUAAAUUGUCGGCAUGUUGGUUUGUCCGUGGGAAACCUUAUAUCCCUAUUCAUCAAACUUUAUUUUCAAAUACAUGUCCAAUACAAUUAUCACUUGUAACAUUGUUUGAUUCAUUCUUUGUUUUGAAAGUUAUUCAAUGGAAACGUAAACUACAACAAGUUAGUAGUACAUCAUCAUCAUCAUCGGCAUCAGAAGUGAAUAUUUCAUUUAUUAUUACUAUGCUUAUAGUACAAAUUGUAGCAUUUCUAUUCUCAUUACCUAGUAGUAUAACAUAUCUUAUUGCAUUAGUAAUCAAUUUUGAAAAUGCUAGUUCAGAAUAUGUACGUUUAUUAAUAUUAAUUAUUAAUAUGGCAUGGAAUAUGAUAUUUCUCCAGUCUUCAUUAAAUAUUUUCAUUUAUUAUUAUCGUAUUCGAAAAUUUCGUCAAAUAUUACAACAUUAUUUACAAUGUCAUUGUGAUUUAAAAUCAAUUAGUCAAACUAAUUCAAUUAUUACGACUGGAUAUAAUUGA